CCCCAUUUCUAUUAAAGGGAAAAUCGAUUGUUUACAAACAAGGGUUUCGUCCCACAGGUAGAUGCUAAAGGAAAUGGAUUUAAAUAACAAGGACGGAGAAACUGGGCCUCCAGGGCCCAAUAAUCGACCACAGGAGCCUUUAGCCAGAGGAAUUGUUGAUGAUGAUGAUGGACUCAGUGAUUUUGGAUCCCCAAAACGAGGCCCAACCUUGUCCACAAGCACAAGUAGUUUUGAAGCACUGGACCCUCAUGAUCCAAAUCUCAGUCACCUGGCUACUCUAAUGUUUUCACACACAUCAAAUUACUUGCAGGGAGAGUUGUCUGCAGUCCUUGAGGAUUAUGCAUUACUAGAGCAGAUGAACAAGGCAACCAUCACCAAAUAUGCUGAUAUGCGACAAAUAGGAGGAAGUGUCAGUCGAUCACUGAAAGACCUUAAUGAAAAGUAUUUAGCACUACAGCCAUAUCUAGACCAGAUUGAUCAGAUUGAAGAUAGUGUAACUAAGCUUGAAGCUGCUGCUUACAAACUUGAUGCGUAUUCCAAGAGACUAGAAGCAAAAUUCAAAAGCUUAGAGAAAAAAUAAGGUGUUUUUUAAAUGAUCCCUGAUUAUCAUUACUUAAUUUUAUUUGGUGACUGUGCUUCAUUAGACCCAGUACUGAAGUUUAUGUACUGUACUGUGUAUUGCUUCAUCUGUUUGUAAUUUUACUGAACCACUUGACUACAAGGUGACAAAAAUAGAACCUCAGCAUUUAUGAAGAAUCCAAAGGAACUCACUGGGCCUAUAAUCCUAUGGGAAAAGACAGAAAUGGAUUUAGAACAAUACCCACAAGCCAGCAUUCCAGCUAAGAGUUGGAGGUCAUUCAGAACCAGUCUUGCACAAUUCCUUUAUCAGGGAUUGAAAAAAAAA